AUGAAUUAUUUGCAUUAAGAAGUAUUUUAAGAAUUAAAUAAAUUACGUUAAAACCCAUCAUCCUAUAUAUACCAUUUAGAACAAAUGUUAUCUUAAUUUAAAGGAAAAAUCCUUUAUAGGCCAGGUGAGGAUGCAUUAGAAACAGAAGAAGGUUUAAUCCCAAUAUAUGAAUGUUUAAAUAUAUUAAAAUCAUAUAAACCUUUAUAACCAUUUGAAUGGGAUGAUAAUAUGUAUAAAGCAUGUUCUGAUCAUGCAAAUGAUAUUGGUUCAAAAGGGUUAAUUGAUCAUAUAGGAUCUGAUGGUUCUAAUUUUACAGAUAGAUUAGGAAGAUAUGGAGAUUGGAUAGGAAAAGUAGGUGAAGCAUUAGUUUUUGGAAAGAAAAAAGCAAUAGAUGUCGUACUGACUCUUUUGAUAGAUGAUGGAGUACCUAAUAGAGGACAUAGAAAUAAUAUAUUAGCCUAAUAAUAUUAGAAAAUAGGUAUAGCAAGUGCUUCUCAUAUAGAAUAUUAGGUAUGUUUAGUUAUUAAUUAUGCUACUGAAUAUACCUAACAUGGAGGAAAACUUAAUGGUAUUAUAUUAUUUGAUAAUACUCCGAAAUUUAAUGAAGAGGAAGAAAAUAAUAAUUUUAGUGAAUAAUAUAAUAAAGUUUAAACUUCUACAUUUUAACAAAAUAAUAAUUAAACUAAAUAAAAUGAAAAUAAUGUAUUUAAAAAUAUAAAUAUGUUAGAUUCAUUUAAUUAGUAAUAAGAAAUUCCAUUAGAUAUUUUAUCGAAAUAAGUUUACGAAGAAUUAAAUAAAGUAAGAUAAAACCCAUUAUCUUAUAUUCUUUAUUUAGAAAAUAUUAUAUAAUAUUUUGAUGAUCUUAUAUUAAAUAAACCAGGAGAAACUCCUGUUAAAACAAAUGAAGGAAAAUCUGCAGUUAUAGAAUGUAUAAAAUUUCUUAAAUAAUAAUAAAAAUUAUAACCAUUUGAAUAUGAUUAAUACUUGACUAUAGCUUCAUAAGAUCAUGCAAUUGAUAUAGGAUUAAACAAUUUAGUAGGUAAUAUUGGAUCUAAUGGAUUUAAAAUGAGUUAAAGAAUUGAGAAAUAUGGAGAAUGGUAAGGAAAAAUAGGUGAAAAUAUUGAAUUUGGAGCUAAAAGUGCAUAAGAAAUUAUUUCUAAUUUAUUAAUAGAUGAUGGUGUAUAAAGUAGAGGUCAUAGACUGAAUAUUUUUUCUUAUGAAUUUAGAAAAGUAGGUGUUGGUUGUGCUUUUCAUAGAUAAUUUUAGAUUGAUUCUGAAAAACCUGUGGGUACAGUUAAAACCAGUACUGAGAAAAAUAUUAAGGAAAUUAAUGGAAUAAAAUAUGUUUUUGAGAAAAAAGUAUAUACUCUUCAUAAUGGAACUUAAAAAGUAACAGAAAAUUAAUACAUUUUAAAUUGA